ACUCUGUUAUCGUUAUUAUUCUGCAUAUCUUUUCUAUUCUGCGUUUUUCGUCAGUGUAAAGUGCAUAAAGUUGUUUCAUUUGUGCUAUAACAUAUAGUUUAAGUUUAAAUAGUUGCCUAACAAAAUGUCGUUUACGGGAAAAUUAGCAGAACUGCUAGCGCGGCCAAAUCAAGAUCCAGCUGGCGGUCCGGAAGCACCUUGGUAUCUCAAAUAUGGCUCACGGGUGCUGGGCAUUGUUGCUGCAUUCUUUGCCAUACUCUUUGGCCUGUGGAACGUUCUGUCAAUCAUUGGACUCAGCGUUUCAUGCCUCGUCGCGGGCAUUAUACAAAUGCUAGCAGGCUUUGUGGUGAUGGCGCUGGAAGCGCCGUUCUGCUUUGUCUGCAUCGAGAAGGUCAAUGAUGUAUCGAAAAUGGUGGAUGCCAAGCCCAUGUUCUUUCGGGCGGGCCUAUACUGCGCCAUGGCAGUGCCGCCGAUUUUCAUGUGCUUUGGACUGGCGAGUCUCUUUGGCAGCGGUCUGAUCUUUGCCACCGGUGCUGUUUACGGCAUGAUGGCGUUAGGCAAGAAAGCUUCGCGCGAGGACAUGGCCGCUGCGGCCACAUCGCCCACACAAAUGUCCGGCAGCCAGACGGGCGGCCAAAUGCAAAUGGGCGGCGAUCAGCAUAUCACACUCAUGGAAGAUCCCGAUGUUUGGCGUCCAACAUAAAUGCGCUAACCAAAUGCAUAAACUGCCAAAAAUAAAUUGAACGUUGAAGCAUAAAGCAAACCAAUUACAAACACACACACACUCACACACACACACAUACGCCCGAUACACAUCAGACAGUUAGACAAGGAAAUAUCAUAAUGAAAUAAUAAGUAACAAAUAUUUUACGACGCAUAGUUUUUAGUGUUCGUUCCAAUUAAAAGAAUAUAUAUAUAUACAUAUAUGUAUAUAGGCAUAUGAAUGUGUAUAUGUAAAACUAAUUACAGCAUUGUGCCGCGCAUAGAUCAUAUUGUAGUCUCACAAUAUUGAAUACAGAAUACAGAAUUACAAAAACACCCCACCAAUUGAAAAUGAAAGAAACUUUUCGUAAUUGUUGUUACUGAAAAAAAAAAAAAACAAAAACUAAGACAAAAACAAAAAAUUAAGCAAACAAAACAAAAUAAUAAAAUGUUGAUAAAUUGUUGCGCAAAUGCAUUUUCUCUAUUUUUCUUGGCCAUUGUUCGUCCUGUGCAUGUAGUGGCAUUUCUCCAGUUUUAAAUGUCCUGUGUCGUUUUUUGAACAAAUACAUACAGUUAAAUAUGCAAAUAUAUAAAAUAUAUAUAUAUUAUACUAUAACAUGUACAAUUUAUUUUUAAUGAAAACUGAAAACAGCUUCCACACGGCUAUAGAACAAAUUACCUGCAACAUAAGAAAAAUAAUGUCAAGAAUCGUAGAGCAAUAUAUAAAACUCAGAGAGCAUUCAUUUGAUAUGCGUUGCGCUUGCACAUAAAUAAAGUGAACAAAUGUAAAUGUUAAAAUGUUAAUUGAGAUGAACAAAUAUAUGUUUGGAUUUAUUUUUAUUAAAGUAGAAACA